CGCCCCGUCCGGCGAGGCCGGCGCGCCAACAUGGCGGACCUGGAGGCCGUGCUGGCCGACGUCAGCUACCUGAUGGCCAUGGAGAAGAGCAAGGCCACGCCGGCCGCGCGCGCCAGCAAGAAGAUCGUCCUGCCCGAGCCCAGCAUCCGGAGCGUGAUGCAGAAAUACCUCGAGGAGAGAAAUGAAAUAACCUUUGACAAGAUUUUCAACCAGAAAAUCGGUUUCUUGCUAUUUAAAGAUUUUUGUUUGAAUGAAAUUAAUGAAGCUGUACCUCAGGUGAAGUUUUAUGAAGAGAUAAAAGAAUACGAAAAGCUUGACAACGAGGAAGACCGCCUUUGUAGAAGUCGACAGAUUUAUGAUGCCUACAUCAUGAAGGAGCUCCUCUCCUGUUCCCAUCCGUUCUCAAAGCAAGCUGUAGAACAUGUACAGAGUCAUCUAUCCAAGAAACAAGCGGCAUCAACUCUCUUUCAGCCAUACAUAGAAGAAAUUUGUGAAAGUCUUCGCGGUGACAUUUUUCAAAAAUUUAUGGAAAGCGACAAGUUCACUAGAUUUUGUCAGUGGAAAAAUGUCGAAUUAAACAUCCAUUUGACCAUGAAUGAUUUCAGUGUGCACAGGAUUAUCGGACGAGGAGGGUUCGGUGAAGUCUAUGGUUGCAGGAAAGCAGACACUGGAAAAAUGUAUGCAAUGAAAUGCUUGGAUAAGAAGAGAAUCAAGAUGAAACAAGGAGAAACAUUAGCCUUAAAUGAAAGGAUUAUGUUGUCUCUUGUCAGUACAGGAGACUGUCCUUUCAUUGUCUGCAUGACCUACGCCUUCCACACGCCAGACAAACUCUGCUUCAUCCUGGACCUCAUGAACGGAGGCGACUUGCAUUACCACCUCUCACAGCAUGGGGUGUUUUCAGAGAAGGAAAUGCGGUUUUAUGCCACGGAGAUCAUCCUGGGGCUGGAGCACAUGCACAGUCGGUUUGUUGUUUACAGGGAUUUGAAGCCAGCAAAUAUCCUCCUGGAUGAACACGGACACGUAAGAAUAUCAGAUCUCGGUCUCGCCUGUGAUUUCUCCAAAAAGAAGCCGCACGCCAGUGUGGGCACGCACGGGUACAUGGCCCCCGAGGUGCUGCAGAAGGGGACGGCCUAUGACAGCAGCGCCGACUGGUUCUCCCUGGGCUGCAUGCUCUUCAAGCUUCUGAGGGGUCACAGCCCUUUCAGACAACACAAAACCAAAGAUAAGCACGAGAUAGACCGGAUGACACUCACCGUGAAUGUGGAACUUCCGGAGACCUUCUCUCCCGAACUGAAGUCCCUUUUGGAGGGCUUGCUCCAGAGAGACGUCGGUACGCGGCUGGGCUGCCACGGUGGCGGUGCACAGGAAGUAAAACAGCACACUUUUUUUGGAGGCAUUGACUGGCAGCAUGUCUACUUGCAAAAGUACCCGCCCCCCUUGAUUCCCCCCCGGGGAGAAGUCAAUGCUGCUGACGCCUUUGACAUAGGCUCCUUUGACGAAGAGGACACCAAAGGCAUUAAGCUGCUUGAUUGCGACCAAGAACUCUACAAGAACUUCCCUUUGGUAAUCUCUGAACGCUGGCAGCAGGAAGUAGCGGAAACGGUUUACGAAGCAGUAAACGCAGACACAGAUAAAAUCGAGGCCAGGAAGAGGGCUAAAAAUAAGCAGCUCGGCCACGAAGAAGAUUACGCUAUGGGAAAAGACUGCAUUAUGCACGGGUACAUGUUGAAACUGGGAAACCCAUUUCUGACUCAGUGGCAGCGUCGCUAUUUUUACCUCUUUCCAAACAGACUUGAAUGGAGAGGAGAGGGAGAGUCCCGGCAAAAUUUGCUGACAAUGGAACAGAUUGUCUCUGUGGAAGAAACUCAGAUUAAAGACAAAAAAUGCAUUUUGUUCAGAAUAAAAGGAGGGAAGCAAUUCGUCUUGCAAUGUGAGAGCGACCCGGAGUUUGUGCAGUGGAAGAAGGAGCUGACCGAGACCUUCACGGAGGCCCAGCGGUUACUGCGCCGCGCGCCCAAGUUCCUCAACAAGCCUCGCUCCAACAUGAUGGAGCUCUCCAAGCCACCCCUCUGUCACAGAAGCAGCAACGGCCUCUAGCACCCGGCGGCGGGGAGGGGGUCCACACCCAGGGGUCCACACCGGCCACCACCAGCCCUCUGAGCAGAGCCCCUGGCGAAGCGCGAGGAUCCAGCGCCUGGCGCGCUGACCGCCGGGCCCUGGCUCGGUAGGCGCCCGGGGACCCCCAGACAGGAGCUGGGGCCCCUUCUUGGACCCGGGGCCGGCCUUGCUCCCGUGCCCGGUCACCGAAGGAAUGAAAGGUCUUUUCCUUUGCCACGCACUUAUUUUGGUAUCUCUGAACCUAGAACUCGAGAUGAUGCCUACUCACCACUUACAUUUUUACGUCUGAGACCCAGCGCGUCUUAACCUCUCCAGGGUGGAAUUUAACCGUCUUCAGUGUUGGGAAACAGACUGCCCCAAGCGUUGCCUCAUUUACCUAUAAGCAGCCACCGCUGGCUUUUAUAUCUGCCUUUGCCCCAUACUCCUGGGGGUGGGAGAGCGAGCGACCCAGCGACGGCGAGUUUUCUUCCGUGCACUUUACAACUGACCUCCGGCUGUCCCCGGUCAAGAGCCAACCACGUUUUCCGAGGGCGCAACACUCGGGCCCCUCUGUUGAGUGGCCUGCACACGGUGCCUGGCCGCUGACCUGUUGCCUGGCGCUCACAGCCAGGGGCAGCGGCGGGAGCGUAUCCCACUCCUUGAAGGCGCGCCCCCGCCCCUCCUGGGAGAGGUUUGCAGCCAUGCAGAAGGAGAGGCAGUGGCGUUUUAGAUUUCAGGGAGAACAGCAGUCUUCAAGAAUCUUCACGGCCGGUGUGCUCAGACAGACAGCAUCUUCCUGUGCCUGGUGCGUGCACACGCGUGUGGGCGAGUCCAUCUCCGGGCUCUCCGCAACACGCGGUCGUGUGCGACAGUCAUCCCGGUUCCGUCUGCCCGAACCCAGGGAAAUAUCAGUAAUGGGUGUGCAAAAAAAAAAAAAAGUCUGUUUUACAUUUUAGUAUAAUUUAAAGUGAAUGUUAUUGAAAAAAGAAUGCCGAGGAAUGAAUGUGUGGAAAUGGGUUAACUAUGUAUAUUGGCUUUCUAACUUCCCUUGUCAUUCAUCUGUCAUUAAUGAGUACUUUGCACUGGGCUGUUGUAGGGCAGAGGGGACGUUAGAGCGUACGGGCUUUUUUUCCCUAAUCCUAGCACCCCGCCCUCAGCCCUGACGUCUGUUUUGCACCCUGUCCCCAUGCCCUGCCGAUGCCCCAAAUAAACGCCAGGUUAUGAGAACCAGUGAAGCCCCCCACGCCAUCAGACUACAACAGUAAUAAUUUUAAAGUCCGCAUAUUUGUCCUGCUCCUGGUGUAGUUUUAUUGUGUGUCUUUAACUACUGACGAUAUAAAUAACUUGACAUCCUAA